CGCCGGCAAGUGCGCUGCUCCGCCGGCACCGGCUGGGGGCGAGCACAUCUCGAGCAGCUGCCGAGGCCGUUGCGGCCGCCGCGGCGGAGUCCGGAGAGCCGGGUGCUGGGGGACGUCCCACACGGAGGCUGAAAUGUCGUCCACCGCAGCCUUUUACCUCCUCUCCACCCUGGGAGGGUACUUGGUGACCUCAUUCUUGUUGCUCAAGUACCCGACCUUGCUGCACCGGAGGAAGAAGCAGCGAUUCCUCAGUAAACACAUCUCUCACCGCGGAGGAGCUGGAGAAAAUUUGGAAAAUACAAUGGCAGCUUUUCAGCAUGCAGUUUCACUUGGAACUGACAUGUUGGAAUUGGACUGCCAUAUCACAAAAGAUGAACAAGUUGUAGUGUCACAUGAUGAGAAUCUGAAGAGAGCUACUGGAGUCAAUAUAAAUAUCUCUGAUCUCAAGUACUGCGAACUUCCACCUUACCUUGACAAACUGGAUGUCACGUUUCAAAGAGCAUGCCAGUGUGAAGGAACAGAUAACCGAAUACCAUUGCUGAAGGAAGUUUUUGAGGCCUUUCCUAACACUCCCAUUAACAUCGAUAUCAAAGUCAACAACAAUAUGCUGAUUAAGAAGGUUUCAGAGUUGGUGAAGCAGUACAGACGAGAGCACAUAACAGUAUGGGGUAAUUCCAGUUAUAAGAUUGUAGAAAAGUGCUACAAAGAGAAUUCAGAUAUUCCUAUACUCUUCAGUCUGCAACGUGUUCUACUCAUUCUUGGCCUGUUCUUCACUGGCCUUUUGCCCUUUGUGCCCAUUCGAGAACAAUUUUUUGAAAUUCCAAUGCCUUCUAUCAUACUGAAGUUAAAAGAACCACAUACCAUGUCCAGAAGUCAAAAGUUUCUUGUCUGGCUUUCUGAUACCUUACUAAUGAGAAAAGCUUUAUUUGACCACCUUACUGCCAGGGGCAUCCAAGUGUAUGUUUGGGUACUAAAUGAAGAACAAGAAUACAAAAGAGCUUUUGAUUUGGGAGCCACUGGUGUGAUGACAGAUUAUCCAACAAAACUUAAGAAUUUUUUACAUAGUUUCUCCACAUAGAAAAGGAGUAACAUUCAAGGAAAAUGUGAAAUAAUUAAGAAAAUUCACCAUAAUUUCCCUAGGCCAUCAUUUCCAGAAUGGUUAAAGGCUUAAUCAUUUAAUCUUUUAUUACCUCAUUUUUAAACCUGUCUGAGAAUGUAGAAAUUAUAUAUUGUAUAUUUAUUUUAAACAAUAUUGCAUAUUUUACAUGUGUAAAUAAUUUGGACAACAUUGGUUAUAUGUAAGUAGAUUAUUGAUCAAGACUUAAGACUUCUAUGUAUAAUACAGUAUUCUAUUAUAAGUAAUUUUUGAAAUCAAGACUAUUGGAUAAAUUUGACACUAGCCUUUACUGAGUAAGGUCAAUUAGUUAAUAAAACAAAAUUAUUGAAGGUCAUUAUGGCUAUUCUGAGUUGUCUUGUUAGCUCUAUGUAUAUUUUUAGGUAAAGAGGAAAAUAUAGUUGAAAGAACUUUGAGAAUCAGUGGUGUAUUUAUGUGGUAAGUUGUACAUUGUUAACAGAAAGCACACUUAAAUGAUUGAAAGUUUAUUACUUUGCCAGACAAAAUAUGUAGACUGAAUUAGAUUUGAUUUCUUGCAUACUGGGAUAUUCUAUUUGUAAUUCUUUUCAGAUAGUAACCAUGUUGUUGCGUGCUCGCUCAGUCUCCCUCUUCCCCUUUUUGUAAACAUUAAAAUUAAACUUAGCAAUUGUAAAUCAAGAAAAGAUGCAAAUAGUCAUAUCCCUGCUUCCUUUAAAGAAAUGUAAAAAUGUCCAUUUUUGGCAAUGUCUAACUGGGCAUACAUUGAAGUUUUAAAUAGCUUUUAUUUGUAUUUAUUUUUACCAGAGCACUGCUCAGCUCUGGUUUAUGGUGGUGUGAGGGAUUGAACCUGGGACUUUGGAGCCUCAGGCAUGAGAAUCUCUUUGCAUAACCAUUAUGCUAUCAUCCCCUGCCCUUAAAUAAUUUCAUAAGUACUAAUGAUCAAAUGAAACUGAUUAAAGUGCUUAUCAUUGUUUCUAAUACUUAUAUUAUAAACCACCUAUUCCUUACUUUUGAAAUAAUUGGUUCUCCUCAGUAUUAAUGGGAAUGCAGUUUCCCAAAUUAAAAUAAUCUUUUUAGCUCUUUUGAUGUGAGUUCAUUUCAUGUAAAUCUAUUUCUUUUUUUUCUUUUUCUUUUUUAAACACCAGAGCACUGCUCAGCUCUGGCUUAUGGUGGUGUGGGGGAACCUGGGACUUUGGAGCCUCAGGCAUGAGGGUUUCUUUGCAUAACCAUUAUGCUAUCUACCUACCACCAAUCAUUUUUUUUUAACUAGCUUUCAUUAUUCCUUUGGAGGUCAAUAUAAUCUGAAAUAGUAAGUGUCUUUUACCUAGAUUACAUUUCUCAUGUGAAGUUAGCUGACAACGAUGAAGAAUGAUCAUACCCUUUCGUUUGUCCUUGAAUGAGAUAACUAACAUUUGAUUUUUUUGUUUAAUCUGAAAUAAAGUUUUUCAAGAACAAAAUAAUGAUUCUUCAGGUUUUUUUUACAGUUAUAAUUUCAAAUAUGCCUUCUGAAUUAUUUUCUUGCAGAAUCUAGUGGGAUGAUAAAAUGAUAGUAUCAGUGAAUAUGCCUGAAAUUUCUCUGUGGUGUAGAAAAUAAAAUAUAAAGUUUUUUUUGUAAGAAAAUAAAAAAGUUGUUUCCUGCUA